ACCUGAUUUUUUUAUUGUUAUUUACAGAGAUUGAUAUACAUUAUUUCAGCUCAAAAUUGGAGGACAGAUGUAGGAAUAUAUUUAUUAAAAUCUCAAUUGCCACGUAUUUUUCUUCAUAAUUGUUUUCACGAUAAAAAAGUUGGACUUUCUUUUAUUGAUGGAAAUGGUUCAGUAACCGGGCAUAUUAUUCUAAUGAUUUUUGAAUACAUUUUAUCAUUGAAAGAAAAUAAAAUCACUAUGGAAGAUUACAUUAAUAUAGUUGGACUUAAAGCAUGUGAAAAGCAAUAUGAAGAUAAGAAUUGUGUGGAUAGAUCUCAAGUUUGUGUAAUAGGAUUACUAAAAUACCUUAAAAAAAAUCCAAAAUAUCUUCCAUAUGAAAUGAAUACACAAGAUUUCAAUUUUCUUGACAUAUCCUGUAAUAAUGAUGAAUCAAUUAAAAAUAAUCCUUCUUUAGAGGAAAUACCAUAUUUUGAGGAUUGUGAACAUAUAAUUGACGUAUUUAAUGAACAUGAUAGAGAAAUUUGGAAUUCAUUUAAAAUAAAAGAAUAAUAUUUAAUUACUAAAUGAACAUAAUCCAUAUGUUUUGAAUUCACCUAAAGAAAUUUAAUAAUCUAUUAAAUUAAAGAUCAUGUGUCAAAUAGAAACAGAACUUUAUUAAAAGUUUAAUUAUAAAAUUUCAACUAGUUUACUAAUUUUUAAUUUUAAUUUAUAACUUCAAUCAAUGUUGUUUAAAAUAUAAUAUUGUGAAAAAUAUUAAUUUAUGUAUUAAAUUUUGGCAUCUUAAAUAAACAUAAUAGUUCAAAUAA